AUGCAGGGGAUUUUAGCUCGCUUGAAAAAACAUAGCACGAUUUGUCAGCCUGGAGUGGGCACGCAAGAUACUACUUCGUCUGCACCCAAAGCUGAAUUUGUUAAACCGCAGCCAUCAACUUCUUCAGAAAAAAUGACUAAAGAAGCCGUAAUUAGUACCAGUGACGAUGGCAAAGUUCUAAAUUUCGAUCAUCUCACUUUUUGGGUGGCUAAUGCUAAAACGGCAUCCAGUUAUUUCGUGACUCGGUUUGGAUUUAAGCCGCUAGCAGUUAGAGAAUCAACUGAAGAAAGACCAAUAGUUUCCUACGCAGUGCAAGUUAAUAAAAUAACAAUAAUAUUUCAAUCACCAACAUCUGAUGAAGAUAUAUUAUCAAAAGACUUAAAAUCUCAUGGAGAUUUUGUAAAGGAUAUAGCAUUUGAAGUGCACAAUUUAGAUUCAAUUGUACAAAAGGCUAGAAGGGAAGGCGCAGAAAUACUAAAAGGUGUUACAGAAGAGACCGAUAAACAUGGGACCAUUCGGUAUGCAGUAUUAAAAACAUAUGGUGACAAUACUCAUACUUUAAUCGAUCGAUCUAAGUACACAGGAAUUCUUUUCCCUGGAUAUGAAGUCUUGGAUGAAGAUCCCGUUAAUAAACUCUUGCCGGAUACAAAAUUAUCUUUUGUUGACCACGUGGAAGGGAAUAUGGCGGACGGGACUCUGGAAGAUUCUGUGACUUGGUAUGAGAAAAACCUCAAUAUGCUAAGAUUUUGGUGUGUUGACUACAGCCACGACAUAACGCUUUAUUCUUGUAUAAAUUCGGCUUCGGUGAUCAAUCAUAAUGAUAGUGUCCUUCUUUCUUUGAAUGAAGCAGCGAAAGGUCUUCGUCCUACAAGCAAAGCUUCUGAAUUUGUAAAAGCUCAUGGCGCGUCCGGAGUCGAACAUGUAGCCCUGUACACAGACGACAUUGUGUCUACUAUGAAGAGCUUAAAGACACGAGGUGCUGAUAUAUUAUCAUGGCCACCAACAUACUACGAUAUCAUUAAGGAAAAGCUCAAAAACAGUUCAAUAGAUGUAGUUGAAAGCAUCGAAGAAUUGAAGGAGCAGAAUAUUUUGAUAGACUUCGACGAGAAGGGUUAUAUGUUGCAAGCUUUUACGAAGCAUUUACAAGUUCGUCCAACUUUGUUCAUUGAAAUUAUACAGAGAAGGAAUCAUAGGGGAUUCGGUGCAAUGAACUAUAAGUGGGUUUUCGAGGCGAUUGAACUCUUAGAUAAAUCUGAUGCAGAAAAU